CCCCCGCGGGGAAGGGGGAGCCUGGUCCCCCGCUCCGGCUGCGGCGGGGGAGGCGAUCGCGGCUCCCCUCACCCACCGGUAGCGGAGGGGCCGACGCGAACUCCGCGGGGCGGGGGGGAGCUCCGGCCCGGCAAACACUUCCCUGCGCACCAGCGGGUGCCGGAGGGUCCCGCGCAACCCCCGCGGAGCCGGUGGGCGCCUUGCGGCUUCUCCCUCGGGGCGACCAUGCGGGAGAUUGUGAUUUGGAGUCGUGGAGAAUUCAGUCUUUCCACAAUGGCAGAAAGGACAGAUUAUACAAAAUCACAAAUUUCACUGGCUGAAUACAGGCCCGUCAAGAAAUCAAAAAGGACAGAUCGAAGUCGAAAACGGGAUGGAGACCAAACUACAUUGCAACUGAAGAAAGAAAUAUCUUUAAUAAAUGGGAUAAGCCUCAUAGUAGGCAACAUGAUUGGUUCAGGUAUCUUUGUCUCGCCCAAAGGAGUUCUCAUCUACAGCAAAUCUUAUGGAUUGUCUUUAAUAAUUUGGGCAGUUGGAGGGAUAUUUUCAGUCUUUGGAGCUCUCUGCUAUGCUGAACUUGGAACCACUAUUACUAAGUCAGGAGCCAGCUAUGCAUAUAUCUUGGAGUCUUUUGGGAGCUUCAUUGCUUUUAUUCGUUUGUGGACCUCACUCCUGAUUGUUGAACCAACUAGUCAGGCAAUCAUUGCCAUCACCUUUGCUAACUACAUAGUCCAGCCUUUCUUCCCUUCUUGUGACCCUCCAUAUGUGGCUUGUCGUCUCAUAGCAGCUGCUUGUGAAUGUCUUUUAACAUUUAUAAAUUGUGCCUAUGUUAAGUGGGGCACACGUGUGCAGGAUAUAUUUACUUAUGCUAAAGUCGCUGCUCUUAUCGCCAUCAUCAUCGCUGGACUUGUUCAAAUCUGCCAGGGACACACAGGGCACUUUAAGAACUCUUUUGAGGGAUCCUCUAUUGAUAUUGGAGAAAUCUCCCUUGCAUUAUAUUCCGCCUUGUUUUCUUACUCUGGUUGGGAUACGCUCAAUUAUGUAACAGAAGAAAUCAAAAACCCAGAAAGGAACUUGCCCCUGGCUAUUGCAGUGUCUAUGCCAAUUGUGACUAUUAUCUAUAUUAUGACCAAUAUAGCUUACUAUACAGUGCUGGAUGCUCAUGCUGUUCUCUCUAGUGAUGCUGUGGCAGUGACAUUUGCUGACAGGAUAUUUGGUGUAUUCAGCUGGACAAUUCCCAUGGCUGUAGCCUUUUCUUGCUUUGGAGGACUUAAUGCUUCAAUUCUAGCAUCAUCAAGGCUAUUUUUUGUAGGAUCUCGGGAAGGUCACCUUCCUGAUCUGUUGUCUAUGAUCCACAUAAAGAGGUUCACACCUGUGCCAGCUCUGCUCUUCAAUGCAAGUUAUUGCUUUUCUUUUCAACUAAUUAGAUGGGACACACAGCACAGCUUCCCUCAAAAUGGAGCUUCAACACAGGGCUAUAAAAAUUGUUUUAUGACCCUUAUUUACCUGGCUGUGGAAGAUGUUUUCAAGCUGAUUAAUUACUUCAGCUUCAGUUACUGGUUUUUUGUUGGUCUGUCUAUUGCUGGGCAGUUAUAUCUACGUUGGAAAGAACCGGAUCGGCCAAGACCUCUUAAGCUGAGUCUGGCUUUCCCAAUAAUAUUCUGUAUAUGCACAAUAUUUCUGGUGGUAGUGCCACUCUAUAGUGACUUUAUAAAUUCAGUGAUUGGAAUUGGCAUUGCUUUAUCUGGAAUUCCAUUCUUUUUCUUGGGAGUCUAUUUACCUGCAUCAAGGAGACCUCAAUUUAUUAACAAGAUUAUGGGUGCAGUCACACGAAACAUGCAGCUGCUCUGUUACUGUGUUUUAACAGAGACGGACCCAAAUGAAGAAAAGAAACCAGAAAUCAAAUCCAAGUAAAGUUUAAAGCCAUUACAAGAAGUAGGAGAGAGGAUAAAAUAAUUACACAAAUGAAAGGGACAAUCUGGAACUGGAAGACACAGAAAAACUGUUUUUUGUGGUCUUUCAGAAAUGCUGAAAAUAUUCUUACUUGCAGAUGGAUUCCAACGUGGGUCAUGCCCUUGUGUCAUCCUGCUAAACUGUGGCAUGUUUUCAGGGCAGGUUUUCAUUGGAUAAUGAUUACCUACUCAUUAGCUACUCACACAAGCUGUGUGUCAAUACUGUUUCUUCUUCAGAAUUGGUACAAAAAUGGUAAGAGCUAAUGGAUCAAAUUAGAUUUCAGCAGAACCAGGUGGUGAAGUAAUGCAUUAUUACAUCAGACUAAAACCCACUUUGACUCCGAAGACUAAGUAAUUUCCAGCUUAAUUCUGAGGGAUGCUUGCAUGAAAUGAUUUGCUGUACUGUCUCAGUUAUUUUCCCAGAAGAAAACUGGUCACAACAAACUACUUCAUUUGUUUUUCUGCCCAUAAUGAUAAAUUAAGUUCUGCUCCGUUAUUUAUAGACUGAACCAACCUUUCUCCCUUGAAGAUUUUAUUCUGUAUGCUACAUGGAAAUGUAUGUGACUGUGGCAAGGAUUUAAUCAACUAAGCAUCUUGCCACUGAAGAUUUGAUUAAUGCUUGAUUUUUUUUCUUUUCAACUCGUUGGUACUUUUGUGUUGUAUUGUGUUCUCAUAUGUUUUAGCUGUAUAAAGUUUUACUUUGGUUUAUCCCAGUUUCCCCGUUAUAAUGGUUCUGCCCCUGCUGCCUCCUCCCUCCUUUUUAUGUCAAUCUCCCUACCUCCUCCCCCUGUUCCCCAAAAGUGGCUGAAUCCUUCCCUUAACCCCUCCCUGGUGUCCUGUCCAUCACUCGACAGCCCAUCCCCUCCCUCUAGAAACUUCUACCAAGGGCGUUGAGUGAUGCUCAGCCCUGCACAGGGAAAGAAACUCUUAUGCAUAUGCAGGGUUACAAAAGAAAUCGGGGUGCCUCUGGCUCAGGCAUGAAAAACUGUAUAAAAUAGCCUUGCUGGAAGCGGCACUCGUGAACAGAGGGAGGUCUGAUGCGAUAGAGGUCAGAUCCAGGUUCACCGAGCGCCGACCCCAGGCUCAACGCUGUCUCUUUGGCUGUGGUUUUUGAGGACUGUAUUUGG